AUGGACAGACAGAGGAAGCGCGACCUGCGCGACCUCAACCAGCGAGCAUGGGCUGGUGAAGCAAACGUCUUUCUCGUCCAGGGCUCACUCGACUCGUCCAUGAAGAAGAACACGGCCUUCAUCAAACGUCUCCGGACCGCCAUCAACGCUGCCGGCCAGAGCGUCUUCCUACAAGACAUCUGCACCCUAUCGCUGCACAAAUACCUAUCCGAGAUCAUCUCCGCCUGCUUCGAGGGCCUCACCAAACUCAAGACCCCUGGAGAAAUCGCUGCUGGCGUCGAGAUCGUCUCCGCCCUCCAUCAACGCUUCGGUCCCGAUGAGUUCACCAAGAUGCUCGGCUGGUUCAUUGGCCGUGGCCUGGCUACACCUGAUAGAGCCCAGCUGAAGGCUCUGCCCCAAGACGUGCGUGAAAGGGAAGAGAAGGACCGAAUCUCGAGACAGCGCAUACUCCUUCGUGUGGCCACUGAGCUAUGGCUCAUCGGUGUCUUGCGUAGUUUGGAAGACAUUGCUCGACCCGAGGAGGCGAACAAGCUGAAAGAGUCGGGCAAGCCCGUGGACACUGUGCCCAAGGCCAAAACUACACGACCUGACUCUGCGGACCCGGAACCUUUCCCCCUAGAAGUGCUCAAAGACAUGUUGGGCCACGACCGCGAGCACGUCAAUCUGCCGCUGGUCGUCAUCUUCGUCAAGAGCUUUGCCUGGGACAUUCUGGCUUCCAAGCCUGCACAAGAUGGUCGCAAGACUGUUGCCGAGGACGGAUCAACUGCUACUGCCAACGCUGCAGAGGACGCUGACGCCGAUGCGAACGGUACCGAUCCCCCAAUGUGCGCUCCCGACAUGCAACAGCGCUUCAGAAACAUCCUCAGCCGCUACUUCCAAGACGUCAAGGCACACAUCGUUCGCGACCAGAAGCAUCUGACUGCCCAAGGACGCCGCAAUGCAGAAGCAUACGUCAAGUCUGGAGAAGUCUUUGAAGACCGCCAAACAAACUUUGAGAAGCAGACAAAAUCUCACGAGAAACUUGUCUCUAAUGCCCAGGUCCUGGCGGAUGCGCUUGGUGAUGACAUGCCGGAUUUGUCUGAGAAAGAGUCAAACAACGCUGGCGGAGACGGUGGUAUCGGCUUGGUCAAGACAGGCGAGUACCUGCGUGGCCAAGGAGAAGGCGCCGGCAUAUGGGAGGACGAAGAAGAGCGGCGCUUUUACGAGAACCUGGUUGAUCUCAAGGACAGAGUUCCAGGCAUCUUGCUUGAAGAUGGCAAGAAGAAGAAGUCUGACGGUGACGAUCAGGUCGGCAAGAGAGUCGACGAAGCAGCUGAAGCGAAGGACAAGCCUGAAGCUGCAGAACCCAAGACAGCAGAAGGCGAAGACCAGUCGACCGCCAUUGCCAACAAGACCGUUGGCGCACAAGUCGAUGCAUUGCUUGCGCAACUUGUCGAUCUGACCAACAAAGAUCAAGUUGAUCAAUUUGCCAUUGACUUUUGCUUCUUGAAUUCUAAAGCUUCUCGAAACCGCUUGGUAAGAGCCAUUCAGGACAUUCCAAAAGGCAGAACCGAUCUUUUGCCUCUGUAUUCACGGUUGGUAGCUACCCUUGGAAAGCAUUUGAUCGAUGUUCCCCAAGCAUUGAUCGCCUACCUUGACGAAGAGUUCAGAAGCCUGCAACGUCGCAAAUCAAAAGACUUCCUUGGACAAGUACGUAUGAUCAACAUCCGGUACAUCGCUGAGCUUACUAAGUUUGGCGUUGUCCCCGAGCAUGUCAUCUUCCAUUGCCUGAAGGUCAGUCUGGAUGACUUUUCCCGCAUGAACAUUGAGAUCAUCUCGAAUCUUCUCGAGAACUGCGGUCGUUAUCUGCUUCGCAAUCCAGACACGUCGCCCAGAAUGGCCUCUUUCCUGGAGACCCUGCAGCGUAAGAAGGGCGCCCAGCAUCUUGGACAGCAAGAGCGCAUGCUGAUCGAGAAUGCCAUGUACUACGUCAACCCACCAGAACGAGCAGCCAUCCAGCAGAAGGAGCGUACUCCGCUUGAAUUGUACGUCCGCAAGCUCAUCUACCUAGACCUUUCGAAGCGCUCCCUCGAAAAGGUGAUCAAGCAGAUCCGCAAGUUGCACUGGGAGGAGCCCGAGGUUCCGGAGCUCCUCCGCAAGAUCUUUACCAAGCCUGGAAAAAUCAAGUACAGCAACAUUCAUCUGUUAGCUGUGAUUCUGGGAGCGUUGCAUCGUUAUCACCAAAGCUUCACAGUUUCUGUGCUCGACGACAUACUCGAGCAGAUGACAGCUGGACUCGAGUCCAACGAUUUCAAACAGAAUCAGAAGCGCAUCGCCGAAGUCAAAUAUCUAGGUGAGCUUUACGUCUACCGUAUGGUAGAUUCAGCACUCGUCUUUGACACACUCUACCACAUCGUCAACCACGGCCAUCCUGGCGGCUUUGCUCGUCCUGGCUCCUACAACAUCCUUGACUUGCCUGAUGACUACUUCCGCAUCAGACUCGUGGCUAGUCUCCUCGAGACUUGCGGCAUGUACUUCGACAAGGGUGCUGUCAAGAAGAAGCUCGACUUUUUCUUGUCCUUCUUCCAGUACUAUAUUCAGACCAAGGAACCAAUGCCUAUGGAUGUUGAGUUCGUGGUUCAAGACAUGUUCGCUUUGUUGCGACCGCAGUGGAAGGUCGCCACUACCUUUGAGGAAGCACAACAAGUUUUUAGCGACGCUGUGAAGCACAACUACCAGAACGCCGGAUCCAACAAGCACCAAGAGGAGCAAGAAGAAGAGGAAGAGGAAGAUGUUCGUGGCAUCGACGAUGUCAACAACGAUGACGGUGAAGACGACAAGUCUUCGGGAGACGAAGCUGCAGAACCUACCGACGACGAAGGUGCAGGCGAGACUCCUGAAGAAGGUUCUGAAGACGAAGAAGAGCACAUUGUUGUGACCCGACCUGAGGAUCAACGCGAUCCCGAGGCAGAUGCCGAGUUCGACCGAGAACUGGCCAAGAUGAUGGCAGACAGCGUCGAGUCUCGCAAGUUUGACCGAAAGCCCGUCUUCGACGUUCCCUUGCCCAUGCGUAAGACAGCUACCGCCACUUCUACUCCUAACAGUGAACCGAGCCAGCCCAUCGAGCCUCCGUCGAACACGAUGAAGUUUGCACUUCUCAGCAGAAAGGGCAACAAGCCCCAGACUCGAUCUAUCGACUUGCCCUCAGACUCAAACUUCGCAGUCGCUAUGCGCAGCCAGCAAGAGCAAGCUCGUGCUGAGCAACAACGCAUCAAGAGUCUGGUCCUCAACUACGACCUUCGCGGCGACGACGAGCCCAACGAUGGUGAAUCAUCCUUCCACUACAUUCUGCAACCCAACUCAAAUCGCACGGUUCUUGUGGGCAAAGGCGGCCUGAACCACUCAAUGCAAUCUCGGGAUUCCAACAAUCCUGCGGCGGCGAACACUUCGAACACAGUCAAAUCAAGCAGCCAUGGCAAUACCAACAUUGCCAAUGGCAUAAGUCUUCGUACACCCCCACCCUCUUCUGCAAUCACAUCCUCUUACGCCUGCACCCGCAACAACGAAAUUGCAAAGCCUAGAGCUGCUCUGUCUGCCACGAUUGCUGACUCUUCCUCUCUUACCUCCACAGCAGCUCUAGAUGCACAGUCCCCAUACAAUCAGCCCCGUCUCGAUAAAUCGGGAAGCUCACGCAACGUCACCAGAAGCAGAAAGCUGCAACUCAGUGACGUCGACUGGUAUGGCAAACCCUCUUCCUCCUCCUCCACAAAAACCCACACAUCCACCUGUCCGAAGAAAGAUAAGCCAGAAACCGAGUUGAGCUUGGAAUCUUAUGUUGUCAUCAGCAAGAGGAAAAAGAAGCCUUCAAAGCAGAAGGCUCCUGAUGCUCUUGGCAACUCUUGA